AUGUCUGCAACCACCGAAAACAAAGUCACUUUCAAGAUUACUUUAACAUCACACCCAAAGCAACCUUUUAGAACAAUCAAGGUUCCUGAAAGUGCACCAUUCACUGCUGUUUUGAAGUAUGCUGCUGAAGAAUUCCAAAUUUCUGCUGAAACUAGUGCAAUUCUCUCCAAUGAUGGUAUCGGUAUUAAUCCUAGUCAAACUGCAGGAAACGUUUGGCUCAAGUAUGGUACAGAUUUACGUAUUAUUCCAAGAGACAAAGUCGGUGGAUUUUAA